GAUUAUUGCACUGUGCUCAGUAAAUGAUUCAUUUUGCAAACUUUACUAUGUGUUUAUGUUCAUUAGGGGUCAUUUGGAUAUACAUCUAAGUAUUAUGAACUGAACGUUUCACCUACAAGACCUUAUACACAUUCAUUAGACACCAUGUGCAGUGUCCAUUUCGAUCCAAAGUAACAGUUCCCAGUCCAUGAUUAUCCUUGCCGGUUUGAGAGCUUACGAAUUGCGUACCAAGUCCAAGGAACAAUUGGAGGAGCAACUUGUCUCCUUGAAGCAAGAGCUUGCCAACUUGAAGGUUCAAAAGCUCACCAGACCAUCUUUGCCAAAGAUUGGUACUGUUAGAAAGGACAUUGCCCGUGUCUUGACUGUCAUCAACUUGAACCAAAGAGAGGCUGUCAGAGCUUUCUACGCUGGUAAGAAGUACCAACCAAAGGACCUUAGAGCUAAGAAGACCAGAGCUUUGAGAAGAAAGCUCACCAAGUUCGAGGCUUCCCAAGUCACUGAGAAGCAAAAGAAGAAGCAACUUGCUUUCCCACAAAGAAAGUACGCUAUCAAGGCUUAAAUUGACUGAGAUAUGUACUACUGUUUAAUACAAAGGAAUGAUAGG